GAGGGAGAAGCUGACAGAGACCUACACAAACCCACAGACGGACAGGAGAGACUGAGGGACAGACUUCAGAAGGCAGAGGUGCUGGAGGGUCCAGAAAGCAGAAAAGUAAAGGAGGUGCCAGAGAAGUGUAGAGGACAGGGGUGAGGGGACAGGGGACACUGAGGCACAAAGAGACAAGGACCUGACAGAGAAGGAAAGAAACAGGAUAGGGACAGACACUGGAGAAGACGGAAACAAAAGACAGAAACACAUGCACACGGGGAACGGGGAAUUGACUGGCGGACCCCAGCUGCUGUGAGGAUGGUGGCCAGCGGCGGACAUCCUGGUGGCCCCCCUUCUGUCACCCCCGGGAGCCCUCUCGUUACAGGUGGCAGAGAGUGGCAGGGCAUGGCAGGUUCCUGCUGGAACAUCACCUACGUUCAAGACUCGGUAGGACCGGUCACCAGCACCCUGAUGUUCGUGGCUGGUGUGGUGGGCAACGGGCUGGCACUGGGCAUCCUGGGAGCCCGACGGAGGUCACACCCAUCGGCCUUUGCGGUGUUGGUCACUGGGCUGGCGGUGACGGAUCUGCUCGGCACGUGCUUCUUGAGCCCUGCAGUGUUCGUGGCCUAUGCUCGGAACAGCUCUUUACUGGGCCUGGCCCAUGGUGGGACAAUGCUGUGUGACACUUUCGCCUUUGCCAUGACUUUCUUCGGCCUGGCCUCCACGCUCAUCCUCUUUGCCAUGGCUGUGGAGCGAUGCCUGGCACUCAGUCACCCCUACCUGUACGCCCAGCUGGACGGGCCCCGCUGUGCCCGCUUGACCUUGCCUGCCAUCUACGCUUUCUGCUGCCUCUUCUGCUCACUGCCCUUGCUGGGCCUGGGUGAGCAUCAGCAGUAUUGUCCCGGGAGCUGGUGCUUUAUCCGCAUGCGUUCCACCCAGCCUGGUGGCUGUGCCUUCUCCCUGGCCUAUGCCAGUCUCAUGGCCCUGCUGGUGACCUCCAUCUUCUUCUGCAACGGCUCCGUCACUCUCAGCCUCUGUCACAUGUACCGCCAACAGAGACGCCACCAUAGCUCCUUUGCACGAGAGGAUGAAGUUUACCACCUGAUUCUGCUGGCCCUCAUGACGGUCACCAUGGCAGUGUGCUCCCUGCCUCUCACGAUCCGAGGCUUCACUCAGGCCAUCGCCCCGGACAGCAGAGAAAUGGGGGACCUCUACGCUUUCCGCUUCAAUGCCUUCAACCCCAUCCUGGACCCCUGGGUCUUCAUUCUCUUCCGAAAGGCUGUCUUCCAGCGCCUCAAGUUCUGGUUGUGUUGCCUGUGUGCCCGUUCUGUCCAUAGGGAUUUGCAGACGCCCCUUUCCCGGCCCUCAUCGGGGAGAAGAGACCCAUCGGUUCCCACUUCUCUCCAGGUUAAGGAAGGGAGCUGGGUGCCCCUGUCGUUCUGGGGCACGGGACAGGUGGCACCAUUGACUGCUGUGCCUCUGUCUGGUGGUGACGGCUGUUCUGUGGGAAUGCCAUCCAAGACAGAGGCCAUGGUUGCCUGCUCUCUCUGCUGACACCUAAGCUGGUCCUGCAUGCCAUCCUAAGCCCGGUGUCAUGGGACCUGAAGCCAGAAGAUCAGGGACUCAGCUGAUGAUAGCGGAAACCCCAUAUUUGAUCCCCAAAGUCUGGGGGUGGCUGCUGCUGCUUCUCUUCCUUUGGUAUGGUGGCUAGAAGCCUUGGGAAGAGGGUGAGGGAUGCCGAAGGCUCUGUGGCUCUCAAGAAGGAUUCUCUCAAAAUAACCAGGGCUUGGGCAGGCUGCUCUAGUCCCUGGCCUCCUCCAUCCAUCUCACUGUCUAAAUAUUUAAGGAGCAGAAAAAUUCCCAGCAGCUUCUGUGGACUCCAGUCUGCUGGGGUUAGAGUGUCUGCUCUCUUUUUCCACUGAGGGGGCCCCUGGCUGCCCACCCCAGAUCCCCAGGGGACACAGGAAUUCCAGUAACUUCUCUCAGAAAUGUUCCUGCCGUCCCCCUUUCGCAUCCACUAUCUGACUUGGGGAUCCUGAACCCCAAAAGGAAGUAAGAAGGGACAGACAUUGCACUGCAGGUGACAUUACUGGACACAUGUCUGGUACAGAAGUGGCCUGAGAAAUGCCACAGCUAUCUUGGGGAAUUGUGCUGUGUGAACUUUGGAGGAGGGCACAGGGACAAGGCGGAGAUGGUGGUGAUGUAGCAUGCAGAGGUCUCAAAGGACUUCACAGGAAUGCUUCAUAAGAUGUGCGUCCCAAGCCUGCAUGUCCCAAGCCUGUCCUCCCAUCUUGGAACAAAUGACUGCCUCUUUUCAGAACUGGACCCCAACUCAACAUCUUCAGAAACUCCACAAAACUUUCCCUCAUUCAUUCAACAAACUCCCAGGGGACCCUGAAGUCAGCAGGCAUUCACUCUUCCUCCCUCGGAUCAAGGCCACAGAAAAGUCCCAGGCCUCCAAGCAAAGAAUCCUGGGAGCUUGGAAAUGAGCUGACUGGCAUGAGGGGAAGUGAGUCAGCUGGAGGGCUGGGCCAGGGGAGGGCAGGCUAUUGCUCCUACUGCUGUUUCUCCUGGUUCCUGUUUCUCAGCCACUCAGGUCAUUUGUCCUCUCACCCCAUCUGCUUGGCUGCAUAUUAGCAAAGCCUUUCCAGAGAAAGUGGAACCAAGGCCCAGGGAGGGCAAACCCCCAGCCUGGGUUACACAGCAGAAAUAGGUCUGUAUCUUACACUUUCUCAUGACCUUUCUGUGCUUCGGUUUUCUCAACUCUAAUCUGACAGGGGUACUUGGAGGAUUAAAGGACUUUCUCCCAAAAGAACAACCUAGCACAUGACCUGGAAGGAAGCCACAGUAGGUGUUACUGUUACUGCUGUUGCUGUCCAUGUUGUUAUCUGGGCAAACGUUAACUAGAAAACCAGGCAGGGAUUUCUUCUGACUUUUUUCUCCUGAGUAAGUAUACUUCAGAUCACUCUUAGGAAAAGCAAAGAGUAUUGGGAGAGGAGAAAACAGGCUGAGGUAAGCUGGGUAUGGAGAUGCGUGCCUGCAACACAGCACUGUGCUCAGGCAGGAGGGUCGGAGUCUAAGGUCAUCCUUAGCUACGACAUAGAGUUCAAGAUCAGCGUGGGGUAUUUGAGACUCUCAAAACCAAAUGACAACAGAUAAAAUCACAAAACAGCCCAGUCUGAGUUGACUAGUCCUCAGGUACUGAAAGGUACCAUCUGGUGCCAGUUGCUGACAGUAUAAAUGGUCCAAAUACCACUGAAUGGAUAAUUUGCUGUGAAUGAUAAAUGGUUAAAAUGUAAUUUUUAUUUACGGGUAUUUUUACCAUAAUUUAAAAAAAAAUGUAAU